AUGAACAUCGCGGACUUCGAGGAAUUUACAGGGUUCGAGGGUGGGGCAUCCACGGCCUACUCGUCGCCCAGCGCCCCUUCAGUCUUCGACAUGCCAAGUGGAUCCCACAACAUUGGUACUGUUUCACCGCAGGACCUCUUAAUUCAGGAUCCAUACAUGUCUGCGCCGAAUUCAACGGCAUUCACCGCCUUGACGUCGCCUUCGCCAUUCGAAUCGCCAGAAUAUAUUGAUGGCUACGAAGUGUCGCCAAACUUUGGGGGCUCAGGAGAAUUUGAUGUGGCUAGCAGCCAGUGGUUCUCCCUUUUCCCCGACCAGAACGCGAGCGUCGAGACACAGGGGGCCGAACAGCAGCUUGAGCACAAGGCUCAGGACAGCUUGGCAAGCGAGUCCCCCCGCCGUAAGUCGAGUGGCUCGCCUGCUACUGGGCGGCACUCGUCGGUGGCUGGCGUCAACGCGAGAAAGCGAGACAAGCCUCUGCCACCCAUCGUUGUUGAUAAUCCGGAUGACGUUGUAGCGAUGAAGCGCGCUCGCAACACUCUGGCAGCCCGUAAGUCUAGGGAGCGUAAAAUGCAGCGGUUCGAGGAUCUGGAGGAGAAGAUUCGCAAGUUGGAGGCGGAACGUGAUCACUGGAAGACGAUGGCUUUGGGUCAGUCGACCACCGACUAA